GAGGGGACGAAUUUGCCUUAUCAUCAAUUGUACUCAAAAUACCAAUUCUCUCUUACAGAAAAAGAAAAACUCUUCAGCAAAUAUAGUACUACUAUAACAAUAUUAUUUCAAGUUAUGAGUUAUCCAAUGGCUGUUUUCUCUUGUAUUAAUGCUAUGGUUGCACUUGUUCUAGCGUUUCUAAUGGUUGCCGUGGCUGGUAACUUCUACCAAGAUGUUGAUGUCAUGUGGGGAGAUGGCAGAGGUAAGAUUCUUAAUAAUGGUCAGCUUCUUACUCUGUCCCUUGACAAAGCCUCUGGCUCGGGGUUUCAGUCCAAGAAUCAAUAUCUUUAUGGCAAGAUUGACAUGCAAAUCAAACUUGUCCCUGGAAAUUCCGCUGGCACAGUCACCGCUUAUUACUUACGUUCAGAAGGGUCAUUUUGGAAUGAGAUAGACUUUGAGUUUCUGGGCAAUCUGAGUGGUGAUCCUUAUGUAGUUCAUACUAACGUGUACACACAAGGCAAGGGUGGCAGAGAGCAGCAGUUCUAUCUAUGGUUUGACCCAACUGCAGAUUUUCACACCUAUUCCUUUCUCUGGAAUCCUGCACAUGUUGUAUUCUACGUUGAUGGUAGACCAAUUAGGGAGUUCAAGAACUUAGAGAGUGCGGGUGUUGAAUACCCAAAGAACCAGCCAAUGAGGUUAUAUUCAAGUCUAUGGAACGCUGAUGACUGGGCAACAAGAGGAGGGCUUGUGAAGACAGAUUGGAGCCAAGCCCCAUUCACUGCGUCUUUCAGGAAUUUCAGAGUCAAUGGUUGCGUUUGGUCCAAUGGUGUUUCUUCAUGCAACUCCUCCAAUUCUUCUGAUAAAGCUUGGCUAUCUCAAGAGCUUGAUUCCACGAAUCAGAAGAGGCUAAAAUGGGUGCAGAAAAAUUACAUGAUUUACAAUUACUGCGCAGACGUUAAGCGAUUCCCCCAGGGUCUCCCUCUCGAAUGCACAGUCCGCAUCCGCACCAACUCAUAAGAGGAUAACAAACCCUGCUCUUGUUCUUCUAUGUCUCUGCAUUACUUUAUCUUAUCCCUUUCUAUAUUGCUCGUCAAUGUCAUUCUUUCUGCAAUAAAAAAAAAUAAAUGAAGUAGGAUCCUAUAUAUUCUUUCCUAUGUCAAGUAUGGGAAAUGAUUGAUCGACAACACACCUUAACAACUUUCGUCCAAAAGUAUUUUACUUUAUAGUAUUGAACAAUAACAAUUGAGAAAGUAUUGUACAUUAAAUAAUUCAUUUUUGUUUUUUCA